AUGGCCGCCAGCCCUCAGGUUUCUAAAUGCCCCUCCGGCUGCAGGCUGCAGGGUUUGAUCUCACAGAUGGAGAGCAAGGUGGAGAGGAAACUAACAAAACUGUGUAAAACAGCGAAGAAGCACGAAGACGCGAAUGAGAAGUCCAUGGCGGCCAUGACACAUGCCUACAAACACAACCGGAGAUUCCUCGUCAGCAGACACAUUUCAGAGCUGAAGUUCGUGGAACAAAGCGAAGUGUUGGCGUUGAACCUAACGUCGCUCCGAAAACGUUCGUCCAAGUUGUCGCUGAAACUCAAGGAGGUGAACCGAGACGUCCAGAAACAAUUAGUGGACUUAUAUCGAACAGAGGUGGAGGUCGACGUGCAGCUGCGAGCCUGCUCUGGUUCCUGUAAGCUGGUGUUUCCGUUCAGCGUGGAUCAUCACAGCUUCCAAACACUUCAAACCGACUUGAGGCCCCGGGACAAGACUCCUCACCAGAGGAGGAGAGUCGUAUCGCCUCCAGAAGACGUCCCUCACAUGAAGCUGCAGACGGUCGACGAACACCCGACAUCGCCCGAGUAUAAAUCCAUCCCAACGGUCCGGAGAGAAUUUUUGACCCAGUUCGAGGACAUUCCCCUGAACCGGGUCUUCAUGGUGGAUUUCGAGACUGAAGAGCUCCACUGA